GCACUGAUAGGCAGCACUGAUGGGCACUGAUAGGCAGCACUAAUGAGGUGGCACAGAUAGGUGGCACUGAUGACCAGAGGUGAAAGCCAGGGGCGGACUGACAACUCAUGGGGCCCCCGGGCAAUAGGGGAUCAUGGGGCUCCUGUGUCCUUGCCCAAAUUCAAAAGAGCCUAUGAAAAAGGUACCAGGGGCAUCUCAUGGGGCCCUCUACUGACCCCGGGCCCUCAGGCAGUGCCCGAGUUUCCAAAUGGUCAGUCUGCCCCUGGUGAAAGCAUAUCU